CCGGGGCUGCCACAGAGGCCUCGAGUGGCAGACUUUAGUUGGCUUGUGGAUUGCUGAGGUUCCCAGUUGGUGCCGGAGGUUAAUAAGGUGACGGCUCUCCCCGCUUAGGAGGGCUUCGAACGCCGCAAGGGUGUGCGGGGAAGGGAAGAGAAGGCGAUGGAAUUACUCACCCCUCACACCGUGAGAGAGAAUCAAGCUAUAGAAGUAACCUGGGAUCGCCAGCCCACGUACUUGAGCUGGGUGGAAGGCAGACACUUUAACGAUCAAGGUGAAGACGUGGCUGAGAUUAACAGACAAGUUGGUCAGAGACUCGGACUUUCCAGCGGGGAGCAGGUGUUUCUCAGGCCGUGUUCCCAUGUGGUGUCUUGCCAGCAAGUUGAAGUGGAGCCCCUCUCUGCAGACGACUGGGAGAUACUGGAACUGCAUGCCAUUUCUCUUGAGCAGCAUCUUCUAGAUCAAAUUCGAAUAGUUUUUCCUAAGGCUGUUGUUCCCAUCUGGGUUGACCAGCAGACUUACAUAUUUAUCCAAAUUGUUGCCCUGACGCCAGCUGCGCCUUACGGAAGGCUAGAAACCAACACCGAACUCCUCAUUCAGCCCAAGACACGCCGAGUCAAAGAGAACACAUUUCCCAAAGCAGGAGAUGCACACAGACCAUCUCGUAGCUGUGGACAAGAACAAAAAGGGAUGUCAAAAGAGCUGCAAACCAAGCAGCUUCCUAUGAGCGCGGAGGGUGUCACCGGGUCUAAUGACACAGACUCAUCCUGGAGACCACACUGGUGGACUAUGCUAGGAAGCAUGUUUUCUUUUGGACCUGACAGCAGACAAGCGGCAUCCUGGGGUUCGUUGGAAAUCAGCGCUUUCAAAACCAUGCAGUCACAAGUUGUUCCUCUCGACAGUGUUUUCAGAGUAUGCCAAGUUCAGCCUCCUAGUGGGCAUGACACCCCAGCUACCUCUGUGUUUCACAAACACUGUACCGUUCAUGUGUUUCCAUGGGACCAAGAAUAUUUUGAUGUGGAGCCCAGCUUUACUGUGACCUAUGGAAAACUAGUUAAGCUGUGUUCUCCAAAACAACAGCAAGGCAAAACAAAGCAGAGUGUCCUGUCUCCCGAAAAGGAGAAGCAUCCGUUAGAGUCGCCAAAUCAUAAACAGAUCGGCUCAGGCCACACCGAGGAAGCUGGUGAGGCGUGUGUGUUGAAGGUGGUCUGGAAUGGACUUGAGGAGUUGAAGAAUGCCACCAAGUUCACCCAGAGUAUAGAACCUCUCCACCAUGGCAAAGUCUGGAUCCCAGAUGACCUGAGAAGGAGACUAAACAUAGAAAUGCAUGCAGUAGUCAGGAUAACUCCACUGGAAACCACCCCUGAAAUACCAAGAUCUCUGAAAUUACAGCCUAGAGAAAACUUACCUAAAGAUGUAAGUGCAGAAGAUGUGAAAGCUGUGUUCUCGUCGUGGCUCCAGCAGGCUGCUACCACCAUGCUUCCUUUGGUGAUAUCAAAGGAAGAACGUGUUAAACUGGGAGUGAAGGAUGGGCUGAAAGAGUUCUCUUUGAGUAUAGUUCAUUCUCAGGAAGGAGAAAAGGAGAGAGGAAAUGCUGUCUUUGUGUUGAGUGCCAUUCUACUGCAGAAGAUCUCGAUACAAGUCCUUCUAGAGCCUAUGAUCAGAGAAGAAAACAGUGAGGAAAUUGACUUGCUUCUUCCUUUUUUAAAGCUGAACUCUCUGGGUGGGGUGAGUCCCUUGGGUGUAUCCGCCAUGGAGCACAUCACUCACAGCCUCCUGGGACGCCCUCUGUCUCGGCAGCUGAUGUCCCUGGUCGCAGGACUUAGGAACGGCGCUCUUUUGAUCACUGGAGGAAAGGGGAGUGGGAAAUCAACGUUAGCCAAAGCAAUCUGUAAGGAAGCCUGUGACGCAUUGGAUGCCCAUGUGGAGAUAGUCGACUGUAAAGCUUUCCGAGGAAAAAGACUUGAGAGCAUACAGAAAACCUUGGAGGUGGCUUUUGCAGAGGCCGCCUGGAGGCAGCCAUCUGUCAUUCUGCUGGAUGACCUGGACCUCAUUGCCGGACUACCCACUGUCCCAGAGCAGGAGCACAGCCCUGAAGCGGUGCAGAGCCAGCGGCUUGCACAUGCUUUGAACGACACGACCAAAGAGUUAGUUUCUAUGGGAAGCUUGAUUGUCCUCGUCGCCACGAGUCAGUUCCAGCACUCCCUGCACCCCUCACUUGUCUCUGCUCAAGGGGUUCACACAUUUCAGUGUGUCCAGAACAUCCAGCCCCCCAACCAGGAACAAAGAUGUGAAAUUCUGCAUAAUGUCGUGAAAAAUAAACUGGGCUGUGAUAUAAAGAAGUCCUCUGAAUUUGACCUGCAGUGCAUAGCUAAAGAAACUGAAGGAUUUGUGGCUAGAGAUUUUACUGUUCUCGUGGACCGAGCCAUACACUCCUGUCUCUCUCGUCAGCCUGUCUCCACCAGGGAAGAAUUGACGUUAACAACAUCAGACUUCCAAAAGGCUCUCCAUGGAUUUCUCCCUGCUUCUCUGAGAAAUGUCAACCUCCAUAAACCUAGAGACCUUGGCUGGGACAAGAUUGGUGGAUUACACGAAGUUCGGCAAAUACUUAUGGACACUAUCCAGUUACCAGCCAAGUACCCAGAAUUAUACGCAAACUUGCCCAUACGACAGAGGACUGGAAUAUUGCUUUAUGGUCCCCCAGGGACAGGAAAAACUUUACUUGCUGGAGUAGUUGCAAGAGAGAGUGGAAUGAAUUUUAUUAGUAUCAAGGGUCCAGAGUUACUCAGCAAAUAUAUUGGAGCAAGCGAGCAAGCUGUCCGAGAUGUUUUCACCAGAGCACAGGCUGCAAAGCCCUGCAUCCUUUUCUUUGAUGAGUUUGAAUCCAUUGCUCCUCGAAGAGGUCACGACAACACAGGGGUUACAGACCGAGUAGUUAACCAGUUGCUGACCCAGUUAGAUGGAGUUGAAGGCCUACAGGGUGUGUAUGUGUUGGCUGCUACUAGUCGCCCUGACUUGAUUGACCCUGCCCUGCUGCGGCCUGGCCGACUGGAUAAAUGUGUAUACUGCCCUCCUCCAGACCAGGUGUCACGUCUUGAGAUUUUAAACGUUCUCAGUGCCUCCCUACCUCUGGCAGGCGACGUGGACCUCCAGCAUGUGGCGUCAGUAACAGAGUCCUUCACCGGGGCUGAUCUGAAAGCUCUCCUGUACAACGCCCAGCUGGAGGCCUUGCAGGGGAGGCUGCUGCCCGGUGGGCUCCAUGAUGGUGGCUCCAGCUCCGACAGUGACCUAAGUCUGUCUUCCAUGGUCUUUCUUAACCACAGCAGUGGUUCCGACGACUCAGCUGGAGACGGAGAAAGUGGCUUAGAUCAGUCCCUUGUUUCUCUCGAGAUGUCUGAGAUUCUUCCAGAUGAAUCAAAAUUCAAUAUGUACCGGCUCUACUUUGGAAGCUCAUAUGAAUCAGAACUUGGAAAUGGAACCUCCUCUGACUUGAGCUCACAGUGUCCCUCGGCACCAAGCUCAGUGGCUCAGGAUUUCCCUGCACCUCCUGGAAAAGAACCAUUGUUUACACAACACCCUGUGCUCAGGACACCUUCCCAGGAAGGCUACCAAGAGCUGACCCAGGAGCAGAGAGACCAGCUGAGGGCAGAAAUCAGCAUCAUCAAAGACAGAUACCGGAGCCAAAGUGGAGAGGAUGAAUCCCUUAACCAGCCAGGACCAAUCAGAACCAGCUUUGCUAUUAGCCAGGCCCAUUUAAUGACUGCACUUGCCCACACAAGGCCGUCCAUUAGCGAAGAUGAAGAGAAGGGUUUUGCUGAGCUGUAUGAAAACUUUCAAAAUCCAAAGAAGAGAAAAAAUCCAAGUGGAACAGUGUUUCGACCUGGACAGAAAGUAACUUUAGCAUAAAAUAUACUUGUGGUUUUUCUAGGAUGUAUUUGUUUGUUCUGAUUGUCUGUCCCUAGUUGAAAAUAUAAAAAUGAUGUCUGUAAAUUUCUUUUUAACAAAUGGGUUAAUUUUAUAGAAUGGUAAAUGCUGUGAUUAUAUAAUUAAUGCUCAGGGCUGUCUGAGAUUAAUGGUGAAGCUAAAUGAAGGUAUUUAUAACAGAUUGUGUAUUUAUUUCCAUAAGUCUAUAUUAAAUCCUCAGUAAAAUCCUA